UGUUCGAUUUUGGUAAUUCAAUUAUGAGUUCAUUGCCUUGCAGUCGUACCAACAAAAUAUGUACAUCUCCCGAUAAAUUAUGUUAUCAGAGACGAUGACCAACUCACUAAAAACUAAUAAACUAUUGAAUAUCGAAACUCGUACGACCUGUGACAGCAUGAGCAUGAGUAGACCUUAGUAGUCUAUACACAUAUGUACUCAUUUCUGUCUGCGAUAGGGUCAGUAGUAUAGCAAAGCCAGUUACUAUGAGGUGACCAGUUGCUAUUUUGCUAUGCCUUUAGUUUGUUUUCGAGCACAAUUAACUUUUUAUUUAUCGAAUAAGGCACAUUAAAUUUUUUGUUCUUUUAUUUUGUUUAUUUUUGAAUUAAAAAGUCAGACGUUUCUUAUCUAGGCAGCACAGUCGCAGUAACAUGUCAUCAGUUAAUGACAUCAAAGAUAAAAUAUCUUCUGUCCGUAUCACUCUUUAUACUUCACUAGCGAGGAAUCUCUGUAUGGACGUACAUAUGGAUCUCUCUGUAUGUACUUAUAUUUUCUUCUUUCUAAUCUAACACAAUGACACAUAUUCCACCAAUCGGCUACUAGACACUAGACACUAAACUACUAGACAACUACGUGUAGCUGUAUAGUGGGGUGGAUCAGCACUUUAUGCCCGGCUAUGAAUACCAGAGUUGUCAAUUAUGACAUGAUUACAUAUUGCUAUUAAGAAUGGAGAAACAAAUUUGUACUCUAAAAGUAUAUGGUCUGUCAAAGACCAAAAAUUACCCAGUUGUUAAUGCUUGAAGUUUCGACUUUUAAUUUAGUAGCAAACUUAAAAGUGUUAGUACUCUGACAGAUAUUUCUAAAAGAUUCCAAGUGGUCCUUAUAUAAAUAGAAACUUUUAUAGAAAUAGUGUCAUUAUCCUUAAACUGACAGUUUCAUUAAAGCAUGGAAAGUAACAAUAAAUUGAGGAGAGCUCCACUUUCAAUGAAGCAGAGGCUUGAAAUUGUUCAACACUUGGAAAGUGGUGUACCCGUUAGCACAUUGGCAACUGAAUACAAUGUUACUCCAGUUACAGUUCGUCGGAUCAGACGAAAUGCAGUGACAGUUAGCCAAUUCACUGAUCAAGGUGUAGACAAAGGACAUAGAAGAACUUUGCGAAGGCCUGAAAAUGAGGAAUUGGAUAAUCGUUUAUACACAUGGUUUAUAGAACGUAAGACACUUGGUGAGCCUAUCACAGAUGUUCGCAUGGUAGAAAGAGCAGCAGAGGUAAAUAAGGAAAUUGGAGGACCUUCGAGUUUUAAAGCCAGUAGAGGCUGGCUAUGGAGAUUUAAGAACCGCCAUGGUAUUAGAUUAUUUGGACAAAACAUUGAUGCCAAUGUCGCAGCUGCACAACAAUUUAUAGAAACUUUUGCUAGGCAAUUAGAGGAAGAAGAUAUUGACAAAGAAAAUGUUUAUAAUAUGAAUGCCACCAGCCUCUCAUGGAAGACUCUUUCCAAGAAGAUUUUUGCACACAGUGGUGAAAAAAGGAUCGAAGAAAAAAAUAUGAAUAAAGAUAGGGUGACUAUAGGUCUGUGUACUAAUGUAACUGGAAGCCACAAGCUUGCACCUUUGUUUAUUAAUAGAUUUGAAAAUCCAAGAGUAUUGAAACAUUCAAAACAUCGGCUGCCUGUGAUUUACAAAGCUCAGCAACAAGCAUUUAUGGAUCAAAUGGUGUUUGCUGAUUGGUACCAAAAUUACUUUAAACCAGAUGUGAUGAAGUAUCAAUUACACAAUGGCACCUGUGGGAAAGUUAUUCUUAUUUUGGAUAAUUCUCGCGGAUAUAAUCUACAGUUCCUGAAAGAGUUGCAAAAAGAUGAACGUUUUCAGAUUGUAUUUCUACCCCCAAACACUAGCCACCUGCUUCAACCCAUAGAUCAAGUACUUGAGAAGACAAAAAAAUCUUAUCGUCAUAAAAUGUUAAGUAUAGCAACAAGUUAUCCUGAUGGGAUCCAAGAAUUCUACUCUAAUUAUGAUCUUAAGGAUUGCAUUCAUUUGUUGCACGAGGCAUGGCUGGAAAUGAACAUCUUAGAAAUUCGAAAUUCAUGGAAGGUAUUGAUUAAACAAGUCCCAGAUGUACCAGGAAUGCAGGAUCCAGAGGAUUUAUUUGAAUCAAACUUAGAAAUAAUGGACAGUGAAGAGCAGGAGGAACGAUCCACUGAUUUUUUAUCAAAAUGCAUGGAAACUAAAGAAAAUUCUUUAGAAAGAACUGAAAGUAUCUCUAAUGGCGACAGUAAGUCAUCUGACAAAGAUGAAAUUAUAAAAGCUAUUAAGACUCUAAUAAUCUGGUCGAAACAGGAAUCAAAUUUUAUACAAAUGAAUGUGAAAUAUUUACGAGAUUAUUAUAAACUUAGGUGAUGUUACAUAGUCUAAGUAAUAUGUGUGGAUGUAGAAAACGAUUGUAAGUGUAUGAUAUGUAUAUAUGUAUAAAGUAUAAAUUACUUAGAUCACUUAUUUUAAUUACAACAAAAGUAUUUUGUACUCCAUUUCGUCCAACCAAAUUGUCAUUUUUAUUUAUAUAUUCGUUCUACGCUUUUAAAUAACAAGCAUAUUUAUUCUUAUAUGUAGUAAAAGUUCAAAGUCAUAUAAAUUUCACUUUAUUGCCUGCUGCUUAAUAUACUUCGGUAGAAAGAAUAUAUCACAAAAUAAUUGCAAGUCUUUUUUUGCUACAAUUCUUCAUGAUUAGUGGAAGAUGAUCUUUCGGUGGGGAAGCCCAAAAAGAAUGUAGGAUAUCCCUUUACUUCUCUUUCUCUUGCAACAAAAGCUGAGAAAGAAGAGAUACAGUUUCCUAUAAAGUAAUUUGCCCUUCCAAGAAUUGCUAAAUCUAAAUGGGGAGAUGCAGGUAAUUCCUGUUUAAAAACUAACACCUACAAAAAUAUUAAGAUAUUUUUAUAUUUAUGUAAGUAUAUGUAUAUAUGUACUAUUCUGAGAUGUACUGAAAAAUGUCUCACCUCCGUACGUGCCAGAGCUUUUGCAAGUUCUUUGAUCAUAUAAUUAUUAUCAGAUGACACAAAUACUGACUUGAUGUCAUUACCAUUGCGAAUCACACGUUUAAUAUGACGUAUUAUUACUUCAAAUGAUGGUAGACACAUAGCAGAAGUUGCUUUCCCUCUUUCAUUUCGAUAACCAAGACAUUGAGGUGCAGCAAAUAGAUUUGGCGUACUGGAUAUAAAUUCACAAGCACGAACCUAUAAAAAAUAUUCUACAUUUAUAUAAUAUAUUGAUGAUACAAAAACAAUAAAAGUGCAUACCCAAUCAA